AUGGUUCGAGCUGCAUCAUUUCCAAGCUGCGAAAAGCCCUGCAAUCGACUACCCCGAACCACGACGAGGACGUUUAGCCAAGAGCUCAUCGCCCCGCAGAUUGUCGAGUUCUACUCAAAGGAAGGGAUCUUCUUAGGCGAUAAGAGGUCACUGGAGGUUGUCAUACGCGACGUGACAGGCAUUCCUACCAGGGCUUUACGAGAUACACCAUUAUCCGACUUUACGACUUCUGAACGCGAGGCGUGGAUACGCAACCGGGAAACAAAGUAUGAGGAAGACAUGGUAUACUCGCUGCUUGGGAUAUUUGGCGUUUACAUGCAACUCAUCUAUGGCGAGGGUCGCGAACAAGCACGGAGAAGAUUGCGAGAGGAGGUCCAGAAAUCUGUGAAAGGCACUCACUACAACAAGUUCUCGAUCAGCUUCAGCCUUUCUGGCGUCCCCGAGACUCCACAUUUCGUAGCAAGAGACGGGGAAGUAGCCGAGAUGCGAAGAAUGCUAUGCUCGGAUGGAAGCCGUCGCAUUGUCGUGCUACAUGGUCUCGGCGGCAUUGGCAAGACACAGCUGGCUGCGACCCUCAAGGGACUGAACCUACAGCAAGACCACGACGAGAUUAUCCAGGCUGUAAAGGCGUGGCUCAGCUUGCUAGACCUUGUGCGAGAAUUGGACGGGCUUCCACUGGCUCUGGCUACUGCUGGAGCAUAUCUGAAGCGCGCCCCGAUCAGCAUACCCAAGUACCUUCGAUACUACAAGGAAUCUUGGGCAAGACUUACUGGUAAUCUGCAUCUCGGAUCCUAUGCAGAUCGUACCUUGGCUACAACAUGGCAGCUCUCAUAUGAACAUGUUCAAACACAAAACCCACUUGCGGCUCAUCUGCUCCAGUGGUGGGCCUACUUCAACAACGAAGACAUAUGGUAUGAUCUCAUCCAGGCUAGCAACGAAGACGGCCCCAUGUGGAUGAAGCAGCUUUCAGGAGAGCUUAACUUCAACGAUGCGAUGGGCGUACUCUACGACUACAGCCUUGUCGAACCUACAACCAUAUUCCAGGAGAUACAAGGUGUUGUCUUGGUGACUCAAGUGCCUCGCCUAAGCCCUACCACGGCGUUGGCCUACUGA